AUGGAGACGCCCCUCACCUUUGCGGCCGACGCCAACACCGACAUGUGGAAGAAGCCGGGAGGUCCUGCGCACGACGUCUUUACAGCCCCUUACCGCGUGCACUCCAAGGGCCCGACUCGCGGCUUCAAAUCCGCCACCGUCACCUUCGCCGCCGCCUACACGCACCAGUUCGACCAGGCGGGCGUCCUGUUGAGGUUCACCGACGGCGACGGCAGCGAGAGGAAAUGGAUCAAGGCCGGCGUCGAGCUCUUUGACGGCGCGCCCCGCCUCUCCGUCGUCUGCACAGACAACUACUCCGACUGGAGCGUCUCGGAUGUCCCCUGCGGCCGGGAGAUUCGCGACGCCUCCCGCCCCGUCACCGUGGCCGUCGAGCGCACCGGGGACGCAGCGUCGGGCCCGACCUUGUGGGUCUACCAUGUCCGUGGCGCUCAUGGCCGUGAUCGUGAUCGUGGUCAUGGUCAGGGCGAGAAGACGCCCCUCAGGGAAAUCGCGUGGCCGUUUGGCACCGCCGCCGGCGACGGGUGGGAGCUCGAGGUCGCUGCCGCGAUUGCGAGGCCCUUUAGCGGCACGACGGACCGUCUCGAGGCCACGUUUACCGAGUUUGCCGUCCACUGGGAGUAG